AUUAAGAGCCCUCUCCCAGUAUGGACACAAUGCGCUAGCACAAAAGAGGAAAAUACAUUUGACCUGUUCUUUACUUUCUUUAUUGUGGAUUUUUGCUUCAGUUCUGAUCACAAUGGGGCGAAGUCGGUCCCGCAGCAGAUCUUCUGAGAUGUAUGUGAGUAGACACGUAAAAGAGCGAAGAUCAUCAAAGAAACGUCACAGAUCUAGCUCUUCAUCUUCCAGCUCUAGCACUGCAAGACCAAGCCCUAGCAAGAAACGUGGCCAUAGUUGCAGCAAGAGUCAAAGUGCAGAUUGUAAAGCAGAGAAGAAAAAGCAAAAGAGAAAGCGACAUUCUUCCACUUCAUCAAGCAGUUCAUCAUCAUCUUCAUCCAGUGAUGAAAAGGCCAAGAGGAGGAAACAUAAAAAGGCCAAGAAGCAACUGAAGAAAAUUAAAGCAAAGGAAAAGAAGAAGGUGAAAAAGGAGAAGAAACGGCUUAAAAAGAUGAAGUUAGCAGCUAAAGCUGAGGCAGCAGCAAAUACAGCUCCAUUGAUGAUCCCGGUUCCGCUUCCUGUUCAAAUCGAAAGUCCUCAGUCAUAUUUAGAAACAUGGCAAAAUGAUGAUGCCACAGAACAUGGUCCAGUGAUGACUGAUGAACAGAAGGCCAGUUUUACCACCAAGAGGCCAUUGACAAAAGAGGAGUAUGAAGCCAGACAGAGUGUUAUUCGCAGAGUUGUUGACCUGGAGACAGGACGUACCAGGCUUGUGAGAGGAGAUGGAGAGAUUUUAGAAGAAAUUGUCAGCAAGGAUAAGCACAAAGAACUCAAUAAGCAAGCAACCAAGAGAGACGGUGAUACUUUUCAGAAGAGACUAGGAAUUAACAGAUUUUGAUUUACAGUUGGAACAUUCCCCUGGAUUUUUGAUGGUGAAUGUUAAAGAUCCAUGAAAUUUGAGAACUUGCCCUGAGAGUGGGCCAUAAAUGUGAAGCUGGAUAUAUAUGAAUUUAUUUAUUAUUCAUUUGUAGGACAGUUUACACUAAAAAUGUGGUCUUCAUGAAAAUCCAUAAAAAAUUUAUAUCAUUUGAUAGCUGAAGACUUAGUCUUUAUAAAGUUAUGCAUUAGGAAACUCACUAAUGAUAAAUGUGUGUUGAUUUUCUUAUGUAGCUGACAAUAAAUACAUUUUAAUAAAUAAAUACAAUUUUAUACAUG